CUUUCAUCAUCAUGGCUGGAAUCAUCCCGCAUGUGCCUCUGCAUCUUGCUCAAGCAGCCAUCUUUACUGGAAGAGGGUUCAAUAGUGCUGAAGACUAUAACCGCUAUCUCCUUAAGUUCCAAGAUCGUCCUUUGUGCCCCUCUGUGUCUCUUGAUCCCGCCCGUUUCAAUCGCUAUGAUAUGAAUAUUCCCGGGCCGAUCAAUGUUGUCGGGUGGUCUAAUCUGCCUCUCGAUCAUUGCUAUGGCUUUCAUCCUGAAGCUGUUUGCAUGUUUUAUGCAAACAUGAGACCAUGCUUUAACACGGAUCCUCCCACUUUCACUACAACUGUCUACAACUAUCUGCUCACCAUAUCUGUUGACCUGUUGUCAUAUUUGCUUGGGUAUCCUAUCAAUGGAGCAGAAGUGGUGGACGAAGCUGACUUCCCAACUGUGGAAUUCAAUGAGGCUGAGGCUCUACAUCUGUAUGUAAGGGAUAUCGGAGCAUAUCACCCAACCAGACUAGAAGCAAGACAUCUACGCUACAAAGUUGCUCGUGUUAACCUCAUCGAUACCCUUAGGGCUCAGUUCGUUCUCCGUAAAGUCGACGCACUUGUAGGUCAUCCUCCUCCUCGGGUCAAUGCUUCAGGGGGAAUGACUGUUGGUUUUUUCGUUCCUGCCGACGUGGCUGAAGGUGGACCUGAAGAAGGUCUGAGUCUUGCUGACCUGGUGGAAGGAAUACCUGAAAAUGAAGAAGCUAUGCCUGAAAAUGAGGAAGCUAUGUCUGACAUCUUAGAUUAUCUGUCCUCACCUUCUUAUCCUUUUUAAAGGAGUCUUAGGUUGCUGAUGUGAGGGGGAGUGAAUUGAUUUCGAGUAAGGUCUAGAAGAGUCAAUGGUUAUGGUGUUAGUAAGUUAAUGGUUAUGGAAUGAGUGUGCAUUUUUGAAUAAAGCUCUGUCGUCUAGAGCAUCAGUGUCUGUUCUUGAAUAAAUCUCUGUCUAAGAG